GAAUUUUCGUACGUGAGUCUACCUACUUGACCUUCAGAUGAAGUGUGAAAUAUGUUCCGGUACAUUUAUUUUUGGCGAAGUUAUGGGCCUUGGAAUUAGAUUGUUUUCUGUAAUAACCGUUUUCCGGAAGGUUUUUACGCAACGCUUUCAUAUAUUGAGCUGAUUUUUUGGUAUUUGAGUCUAGCAAAAAUGACUUACAGAUUAAGUGUGAGUUUCGUUUUGGUCCAUUGAUUUUUUAUGGGCCUUGUUUUAUCUUUAAUAGCUGCCGUGGGACCUCAAAGCGCAUUGUGUUUUACCAACGCAGCUCUUGUUUUCUAUGCUCUGCUCUUGACUGUGAUUAUUAUAACGGGAACACCAUUAACAGAUGUAUAAAUGGACGUGUGACUUUUCGCUCUCUUUAAGUCUAAUUAGAGUUUUCAUCAACUCUUGAAGGCCAAAUUCGAUAAAAAUGCAAUUUGCACGCAGGUUAAAAUAACUUAGUAUCCUUUUAUUUUCACACACAUUUCGAAAUUCUCGGUUUCCGCUCUUAAAUUCUUACAAUUUCUUCGAACCUUUACCAAACUUAAUGGAAUGUCUGUUUAAGACUAAGUUCGGAGUUUUUUCAUUAAUUUAAAAAAAAUGGACAUAAGUACUGAGUAUGCCGAAUAACUCGUGCCGUUUCCAUCGCAUAUUCACGAAGUUUUCUGUAAAUGACUGUGAUCUAAAAUGGAGAUCAAAUUAGAUCACCAGACAGUUUUGCAUCAGAAACUUCACAGUUAUUGUCCUUUAUAUUAAAAAAGACGAAAUCGUCGUUUCUUAAAGUAAAUCAUACAGUUUUCAACAAAUCAACUAUCUGCAAAUUUGUGUUGAUAUAAAUGAAAGCCAAGUUUGAUAAUCAACCAAAGCGCACCAGGAUCUUCAUAGUUACAAUAUGUCGAAAUAGUUUUCUCAUUCAAUUUUCUAAAACAUACUGUCGAGAUAAUGAUUCCAUUUUUUCACGAAAGCACAUAUUUUAUUCUAUGACUUUGCCCAAAAUCGUUGAGAUCCGGAUAACACAUAUUGAGGAUUGUUUUCACACUUUUAAGACAUUAAAUGCCGGGUGACAAACAAAGGGUUUGUUAUCCUUUGCAUGGGCAUCACAUAAACUGCCGAAGUGUUGGGGUUUUUUUUAAGUUAGUUUGAUUUUUUAUGAAAACAAAACAUACGUGUUUAUCAGUUAAAGUACCUAUUGAAAUUGGAAAAAUGAUUGCGUUAAAUAACGUAAUACUUAUGUAAUGUAGUUAUUGUAUGCAAUAACUGGUGAUGCUGCCGGAACAGCAAAUAACAGCAUAUAUUUUAUUCCAUUUAUUUCAAGCGUUUUCGAAUUUUGACUGUAUCAAAUGCGUGUUAUAACAAGUUAUCCGUGGAAAUAAGCGACAUUAACGUUCUGAAAAAUUGAAGUAUUUAACUUCAAUUUAUUUUGUUUAUUUUACACAAUUGGAUUCGCCGAACUCCAAAAGGUGUAAUUGCUGACGACCAAAUCGCGGCAUUGUCAUUUAUUCUUUAUUAGUUUAAAAAAAACUUCACUGUCGUAGUACCAUGUUUAUAUGUUGUAAUACUACUAGAAUUAACCAGAUACUAUAUUUGUGCUUUAUUUUGUACAAAUACAUAAUUAACUACAUGUUACUACGAUCACGAAAUGAUAUCUUAAGAGAAAUAUAUGUCGCGAGGACCGCUGCCUCUACAACUUGAUGUUGAUAGGUUAUUCACGCACUAACGACGGUCGAAAGCAAAACUAUUCUGAUAUUCCGCAAAAAAUAUUACUGGUAAGCGAAAUUAUAUUAUCGUUAACUGCAAAGACGUGGAUAUGUGUUUUAUGUCAUUCUUGAGGUGUUAUUUGUUUUGCGGUGAACAAGUAUGAUUUUCCUCUCCUCUUUUAUAAAUAUUUAAUAGAUAUACCACGCGCAAAGGUUCACCACGCAUGCGAUCGUUAAAACGUCUGUUUGGGUAAUCAAUUAUUGACGAUGGAAUGGCUAGUACAUUACUUUGGGUCAGAUGGACCGCAUAUCCGAUCAAUAGUGCACAUAUGUCACUACAUGUAUACUGUUGUUCUAGCGCAUUAUAUGGAGAACAACAGCAAGCUGAUAUUCUAGGUGGCUGUGCCAUCAUUUGUCAGCUGCUGUGAUGGAUCUGCUACGAAGUUGGUGCAAAAAUGUUCUCUGGUUUAUGCAAAAGUAUCCGAAGAUUUUCAGUGCACUUCUAUUCCUCGUGUUUCUUACUUAUCGACAUCAAACAAAAUUCGGCCCAGUAUACCAGAAAGCACCAAAAUCGUACCCAAAUAUCGAGAAACAGUUGACACCUGAAAACACCAAAUGCGACAUCGACAAGCAACUCGAACAAAGUAGAGAGGUGUGUGACCAGUUAUUCAGCGCCUUAAAGUUAUCUACUGACGUCGCAGAGAAGUCCUACAGUGAGAAAUUGUCCAGAGGCUGCAGUUUGGAAGACGCCAUUGAGAACUGCAGCGCGUUGAAAGCGGCGCUUCUGUUCGGUAAGAAGAGGAUCCAAGCAGACGAGACAGGCUUCCCACUUGCUUUUGCUAUCAAAAUUCACCGCGACGAGAACCAGGCAUUCCGUCUACUGCGAUACAUUUACCGCACACACAACGUCUACUGCAUCCAUGUGGACGCUAAAGCAUCUCACCGCAUAUUUGAUGCGUUCAAGCGUAUACAGGCAUGUACGAAUAACGUGUUUGUGAUAGAUGAUCCAGUGGAUGUUGUCUACUCUUCCAUCAGACAGGUGGAGGCUGAAUUGAAGUGCAUGAAACUAAUGAAAAUGACAAGCGUUUCGUGGAAAUACUACAUUAACCUUACAGGUCAAGAGUUUAUGUUGAAAUCUAACGCGGAAAUUAUACAUUACCUCAGAAAACUAAAUGGAACUAAUGACAUUGAAAGCUAUCCUCUCCCUGAAAAUCAUUUGUACAGAAUCGGACAAGUUCACACCAUUCAAAACGGCAAAAUAGUUAAAACGUCGAAGAAAAAGGAACAUUUUCGUUUAAAGUUGAACAUCCGAAAGGGAAGCGCAUACGGAUUAUUUAGCCGUGAAUUCGUAAAUUACCUUCUGAACCACCCCACAGUGAAGCUGCUGAAAGCCUGGCUCGAGGACACGUACGCUCCAGAGGAGCUUGUCUGGGCCACCAUUAACGCGCUGGCAGACGCACCAGGUGGUGACGUCAACGAGCGUACGUACGCAAACGGGAAGUUCCAGUGCAGGGCUGUGAAAUGGAGAACAGACGCCAGUAUCAAGUGUCAUGGUAAAUACGUACAUGAUGUGUGCAUAUACGGGGUAAAGGACCUUCUUUGGCUUCUGCAAAGUGACUUUCUUAUUGCAAACAAAUUUUAUGAAGAAUUUGAAGCCGCGGCUUUGACUUGCCUCGAGACUGCCAUGUACAGUCGUCUGCUUCAGUCAUGACGUAUUAGUAUCACAAAACGUUAUUAAUUGUUGUUGAACGUGGAUGUUUAAAUGACCAAAUUUCGAUGACUAAGGAUUUUGAAAUAACAUAAACUUACUGAUUGCAACCAUGUUUGUGUUUUAUUUAACUACGACUCGAUUGAUAUCGAUGCUUAUUUAUGCCUUUUUUCUACAUGAAUAUUGAAUGCUGAAAUAGCAGUAGCCUAGUGAUUUACUUGUGAACACAAA